AUGGAUCAAGGUGUUAUUGAAACGACAAAACGGCUUUACAGAAAAAAGUUGAUCAUGUUUCUUUUAGAGCAACAAGAAGCGAACCCGUUAGUUAACUUUAUGGAUCUUUUAAAAAAAGUAACAAUAAAAACUGUUCUUUAUUUAGCCGCAGAAGCAUGGGAAGAAGUUAAGCCAGAAACACUUCAAAAAAGUUGGAAAAAAUUGUGGCCUAAUAUUCCUCAAGAAAACUAUAGACGAGAUGAAACAACUUCAAAUGAAGACAUUGAUUUCAUUAAAGUUUUUCAAGAGUUGGAAGGUUGCGCCGAGGUGGAAUCAAAUGAUAUUUCUGAAUGGAUAAACGGUGACACUGAUGUUGGUCAUCAGGUUCUUAGUGAUGAUGAAAUCGUAAAUGCAUGUAUUGAAAACAUAGAAAUAGAAGUUGACAGUUCAGAAGAUGAAGAUGAUGGUACAGAUCAAUCAACGGGCCCAACACAUGGUGAAGCAGCUGCAAUGAUGGAGCAUCUUUCCGUGUGUUGCGGGGUCGACCAGUUCUUCCAGGUUGCCCCGGAGACACUCAGCCCUUUAU